GUCUACCCGCUCUUCCUUCCACUUCACCUCAUUCACUGUUAGAGCGACACAAUGAGCGGACGGGUUGGAGACUUGAGCCGACAGCAGGAUGAAAUCUUAACUGAGUUUCGGGGGAGGAUCCAGGACAUCCUCCCCAACCUGCCGGCGCAGCACGACCACUACCUCCUGCGCUGGCUCAGAGCCCGAAGCUUCAACGUGCAGAAAGCUGAGAUUAUGAUCAGAAAGCACGUGGAGUUCAGGAGGAAGAUGAAAGUAGACAGCAUCAUAUCUGACUGGAAACCUCCAGAGGUGAUUGAGAAGUACGUGUCUGGAGGGAUGUGCGGGUACGACAGAGAGGGAAGUCCGAUCUGGUACGAUGUGAUCGGUCCUCUGGACCCUAAAGGUCUCCUGCUGUCCGCCACCAAGCAGGACUUCCUGAAGACGAAGAUCAGACACACUGAGAUGCUGCAGAGGGAGUGUCGGAGGCAGUCUGAGAAGUUGGGGAAGAACAUUGAAGCCAUCACUCUGAUCUACGACUGUGAAGGACUUGGACUCAAACACAUUUGGAAACCUGCUAUUGAAGCUUAUGGAGAGAUCCUCACCAUGUUUGAAGAGAACUAUCCAGAGGGGCUGAAGAGAGUGUUUCUUAUCAAAGCUCCCAAGAUGUUCCCGAUGGCCUACAACCUCAUCAAACACUUCCUGUGUGAGGAAACGCGGCGCAAGAUCAUCGUUUUAGGAAGUAACUGGCAGGAGGUGUUACGUAACCAUAUUGACCCGGAUCAGCUUCCUGUGGUGUACGGAGGAACCCUGACUGAUCCUGAUGGAGACCCUCGCUGCAGAACGAUGCUGAAGUACGGCGGUACAGUGCCCAGGUCGUACUACGUUCAGGACUCGGUGAAAGUUCAGUACGACAACAGUGUGACCAUCAGCCGUGGAUCGAUCUUCCAGCUAGAAUAUGAUGUUUCAGCCCCCAGCAGCCUCCUGAGGUGGCAGUUUGCCAGCGAUGGAGCAGAUAUCGGGUUCGGGGUCUACAGACGGACCAAAGAGGGCCUCCAGAAAGUGGCUGAGAUGCUGCAGGUUCUGCCCAGCGAACGCUACAAUGCACACCUGGUCCCCGAAGACAGCUGCCUCACCUGCCCCGAGGCCGGAGUCUACGUGCUGUGUUUCGACAACAGCUACAGCAUCCUUCAGUCCAAGAAGGUGAGCUACAACGUCGAGGUUCUUCCUCCGUCGGACGGACAGACGCAGAGUCCACACAGGCGAGGAGACUAAUCCUCCACCCGGAUUACAGAAACCAGAUUUCUUGUUUACGUCAUGUUCAAGCAGAGGUGGUAGAAGUACACACAUUCUCUAUGCAAAUAAAAGCACAGAUGCUUCUUUACUCAAGUAAAACUGAGAAAUAACAGGUUACUCAGAGUGUAAAAGUACUCUGUUGGUGUCUCUGAAGGACGUUUAUGUGCAGACUGAAACUACAAAUAGGGUCGAGUCUCCUUCUUUUUUGUCUUGUUACCAGUCUUAAUGUUAGGAAGAUGUGCAAAGAUGCCAAAAAAACAAACAAAUAAAAGUUCAGUAAUUCCCCUAAACAUUCAUCGACAUUAAAGUAACAAGCCUGUUUCUUUUUUGUAAAAAGUUAUUUUAUUUGAUCUGUUUUUUUGGUAUUUUUAUUUUGCCACCUGGUUCCAUUAUAUUGGCUAUAUUGACUGAUUUUGGGGUGAACUGGAGAAGUUAAACCACCAGAGGUCAGCGAAAACAAGAAUUUGAAAUGUUAAGUUACUCAUUUAUUUAGGAAAACACAAGAUAAACUGAAUCAAUCGAUUAGGGCCCUGUCAGUGGUGCAUACAGUAUCUGACACACCAUGGAUGGACCUUGUACACCAACAAGGAACCGGCUCCGUGGGGAGAAGUGCGGGUACUGACUAAUGCAGGUGUGGCGUGAGGUUCGGGUCUCAGCUUUAAGAAGUCCAGCACAGUUUCUGGACCCCAGUGUGCAGAAAUAUUCAAAUAUACUCGGAGAAAAUAACUUUUAUACCACAUGCAAAACGCUACGCUGGAUUAGCAUGAAGUGUCUGCAAAGGGGAGACUCGUGGGUUCCCAUAGGACCCAUUUUCAUUCAGAUAUAUAUUGAGGUCAGAGGUCAAGGGUAUGCCUUUGGGCAUUCCAGUUUUUCCAUCACCAAAAUGUAGCCUAAUUCUGGAGCGUUAUUUAGCUUCUCUUUCCCAACAUGCUAUCAAAGCACUGUUGGUACCGAUGGAUGCGUUUGGUCUUCUAGUUUCAUAUGAUAUCACUUUAAUUAAGAUUAUUUAAAAAAUAACGUGUCAAAAAAUGUAUUUACUGAUCUGUUACGUCCAAACAAAUAUUGAUACAUGUGAUCGUUUGCAAUUAAAUCAUUUAUUUAUUAAACUUCUGGCCACCAAGUGAAUGCGUCUCUAGAUCCGAACCACUGCGACAACAAAGACAUAAAGAUUAUUUUACAUUUCAAACCAGAACCACUUGAAAUGUUUAAGCUCCUCAUUUAAUGUUGAAGCUUUAUCAUGUUUUUUAUAAUUGAAUCUAAAGACUGUAUCACUGAAUAAUCGACAGAAUCGCUGACAGAAGGAGCGACGUUACUCUCUGAGGUCAUUUAUCAGAGUGUGUUCGAUGUUAAUUACGCUGCUCGUGUUGUUCGAUUCGGCCUGAAAAUGAGCGUUAACGUGCUGAAAUGAAGGAUGUUGAUAAUAAUCUGAUAUGAAACCAUUAUGAAGUCAUUAUGAUGACAGACUUGAUGUCGUAAAAACAAGAUGAUUUAUUUUUAAUUUAUGAAAACUCUUCAGUUACAUGUUUGUAUAUUAAUGUUACUCGUAAUAAAGGCGGAAAUUGUGUCAAUAA